AUGACGAAGACUCCUGCUAGUAGUAGUGAAUCCUCGGCUCUGCUGCCAGCAAAUAAUGGCACUCCAAAACCUUCUGUGAGGACGGCAGUCGCAUUUACAGCAAAUGUAUCGCUCGCGAUACUGGUACUGACUAUUUUAUCGGUGAUAUCCAUGCGUUCCAUGGGACUCAUCAUCAAAUUCCUCCUGAUACUGUUUUUGCUACUGGGUUGGGCAUACUCCUUGCUCUGUCUCUAUGGGCUGUAUCUUUGGUGUCGUGGUGAAGUGCCGCUCACAAAUUCCAAUAAAGAUGUUGAUGGCAAGUAUAUUGUGACUACUACUGCAAGUACUAAUGAUCGAACCAUUGAGUAUUUUGUUUGGGGAAGUACCAAACCGAAUGCCACCGUCACGGUCGUUUGUCACGGCUCCAAUACCACCGGGAAAUACUUCAACCAAUACCUUUAUCCCGCCAAAACCAUGGAAGCUAUGAAUGUCAAGGUCAUUUCUCCUUCUUAUCCAGGUCAUGGUGGUAGUGAUGCACAGCCCUUUCGUGAUAUUACGGAUUGGCCCAAAGAUGAUCUAGAACCAAUUUUACUAGCCGAAGGAGUAGAUACAUUCAUGAUCCAAGGAAGUUCCUACGGUACGGCUCAUGCCAUGGCAGCAGCCUCAUACUUUUCACCGGAUAGAUGCUUGGCCAUGGGAUUGAACGUUCCUUAUCUGCCGGAAAACAUUUGUCGCGAAUUUGACUUGCACACCGAUGCCGACUACAUCUUAUCGGAAUCCAGUCUAUCACAUCCUUGGAUCCUCCUUCCUAUUCUGUCGCUUUUGUCAUUAACGUACACACAAAUUGCCAAGGGCGUCGGAAUGAUUGCAGAAGGACCAGCCGCCAUGGAACAAAUUCCAGCAGUGAUCAGAGCUUUGGAAGCCGAUUGUCGACGAUCCUUUUUGCGAGGACCCAUUGGCCAAGCCUAUGAAAUGCUCAAUAGCAGUACCAAUCAACAGUGGCCCGAUCCACGCGACAUUCAAUGCCAAAAUGUCGCCAUCUGGUAUGCAGAAGAUGAUGGUGCUUGUCCACCCGACCAUGGAGAAUGGCUUGCGGAUGUGUUUACCAAGAAAGAACGAAAAGAGAAAACGUGCAAGACAAACAUUCGACACGAGAAAAAGGGAUUGGGGCACUUUACGUAUAUGGACCAUGCUAGCCGAGACCAAGGUAUCAUGACAGAGACAUUGCUGGCCAUGAUCUUGGACCAACAAUGA